AUGAAACCACACAAUUGUACUCUCUCGCGUCAUCAUGAACUCACAGUGAAGAGUCGACAACCACUCACAACCACCUCUCGCCAUCAUCCACACUACCACCACCACCACUACCAACAACAACAACCAUCAUCCGUUCAUGAGAAUGGAGGUAACAUUAACACAUCUAACCAAAAGAAAACCACUUCUCUCCAUGUUCCGACUAGCUAUGCCCAUGAUCCUUCUUCCAACGACCUCCAUAUGGUUCAUCCUUCAGGGUACAAAGGUAAAGGUCAUGUAACUGAUGCAACAAGUAGAAUGCUCCAAACACAUUUUGAAUUGGGUAAGAUGCCAUCGGAGAAAUUAAAGACUGGAAAACAUUUAAUUUGUAAUAGUAAUUCAUGUAGUACAAGUUUCAUUAAGGAAUUUCCAAUUACUCCCUCUAAUUAUUACACCACAACUUCCUAUCAGUCAUUGAAUCAGCGUUCAUCAUCAAGGCCUGUUUCUGCUUCCUCAUCGAUUCGAAGAAGAGCAUCCUUCAAUAACAGCGAUCAUGUCUAUGCAUUGUUACAUGAAGAAAGUAAAACCACAACAAGAACAUCCUCAUGUUCAACCAAUACUUCUCCACCGACUCCAUCAUCAUCAUCCAAUGGUCCUCUCUCUCCAGCCUCAAGUAAAAGAAUGAUUGAAAAAUAUCAACAAGAGGAACGAAUUCGCAAAAACAUGAUUCAAAAAGAAGAAAAAUUGCAACAAAAGUUCCUAACAAAACAAUCUUCAUUCUCUCUCGUGAAAAAAGAGAUGGAUCAACUCAAUCAGUCACUCAGAGAUCAUUGA